CUCUGUUUCUGUGGUCUACGUUAGCCUAAUCGCUUUUCAAGUCAAGUCAAUGGAGUUAUCGGUAGGUUGUCUUUUCAUUCAUUAAAUUCUGCAAAUCAUCAUAACAUGCUUGGCUUUCGAUGAGACACCUGCAAACGCUAGUUUGUUUCUUGACCACUUCAAGUCGUCGAUAUCCAUGGCUCUUGUGAGAGCAUCUGAUCCACAAACCUCCUCUGUUUCCAGUACUUCUCGAUAUUGUCGUUAUCAUGUGUUCCUGAGUUUCAGAGGCCAAGACACUCGGAAGGCUUUCACUGACCACCUCUACACGGCCCUUGUCAACGCUGGAUUUCGCACAUUCCGAGAUGACGAUGAAGUCGAGAGAGGAGAAGGUAUCGAGCUCGAACUGCAGAAAGCAAUCAAACACUCAAGAACUUCUGUUAUUAUGUUCUCGAAAGACUACGCAUCCUCCAGAUGGUGCCUUGACGAGCUCGUCAUGAUCCUUGAACGCAAGAGGAUCUCAGCGGACCAUGUCGUUUUACCCGUCUUCUACGACGUGGAUCCAUCCGAUGUGCGGAACCAGACAGGAAGUCUUGCGAAGGCAUUUGCUAGACACCAAAAAACCCAACCGUCGAACAAAGUGAAGGAAUGGAAGGAGGCACUUGCAGAGGUUGCAGAUCUGGCAGGGAUGGUCUUACCAAAUCAAGCUAAUGGACGUGAGUCAAAGUUUAUCAACAAGAUUGUUCAAGUGAUAGGAGAAAAACUAAGGCGUAGACCCCUAAGUGUUCCCCACAUCAUGAUCGGAAUGCAAUCUCGAGUCAACGAACUUAAUUUAUGGUUACAAGAUGGAUCAGAUGAUGUCGGUAUACUUGUAAUUUAUGGCAUGAGUGGAAUAGGGAAGACAACCAUUGCAAAGUCUCUUUAUAAUACAAACUUCGGAAGAUUUGAAGGAAGCAGCUUCAUUGAAAACAUUAGAGAAAUUUCACAACAACCCAAUGGCUUAGUUCAAAUACAAAAACAACUUCUUUCUGACAUUUUGAAUGGGAGAAAAAUGAAAAUAAGCAGUGUUAGUGAGGGAUUAAUUAAGAUUGAAGAUGCAAUAAGCUCUAAAAGGGUUCUUCUUGUUCUCGAUGAUGUGGAUCAUAUAGACCAAUUAGAUGCAGUAUUUCAAAUGAAAGAUCGAUUUUAUCCGAGAAGUAAAAUCAUCAUAACAACUAGGCGUGCAAGAUUGUUAAAGGCUCAUCAAGUUACUAAGGUCUAUGCAGUUGGAACUUUGACUCAAAAAGAAUCAUUGGAGCUCUUCAGUUGGCACGCUUUUGGCCAAGACCAUCCUGUUGAAGAUUACAAAGAAUAUUCAGAGAAGCUAGUCGAUCAUUGCGGAGGACUUCCAUUAGCUCUCAAAGUUUUAGGUUCUUCUUUGUUGGGGGAAAGUGUAUGUCUAUGGAAAAGUGCAUUGGAGAAGUUAGAAGUUAUUCCAAAUGGUGAAAUAAUAAAUAAACUAAGAGUAAGCUAUGACUGUUUGCAAGAUGACCAUGACCAAAAAUUAUUCCUCCACAUUGCUUGUUUCUUUAUCGGAAUGGACAAAGAUUACAUUGCUAAAAUACUAGAUGGAUGUGAUUUCUAUACAAUUGUUGGCAUUCAAAAUCUCAUCGAUAGAUGUUUGGUGAUUAUUGAUGGAUGGGACAAGGUGCAGAUGCAUGACCUGAUUCGUGGAAUGGGAAGAGAAAUUGUUCGCCUAGAAUCAAAGGAGCCUUGGAAGCGUAGUAGAGUAUGGCAUCAUAAGGACUCUUUCAAAAUCUUGACGGAAAAGAAUGGUACGGAAACAAUUGAAGGUCUUGUCCUCAACAUGCACAUGUGCCCUGCUAUAAACUCAAAUGAGAAAGUCUUGGAAACCAAUGCAUUUUCAAGGAUGCGGGAACUAAAACUACUCCAUCUUAGUCAUGUACAACUUGACGGAUCUUAUGCAGAAUUUUGUACAGAACUAAGAUGGUUGUGUUGGACUAAGUUUCCUUUGGAUUCUAUACCCGUUGAUUUUCCUUUGGAAAGCGUUAUUAUUCUUGAAAUGCAAUACAGCGGUCUGAGACAAGUAUUCAAGGGAACAAAAGUACAAGUUACAACCCAUUGGAGUGUAGAUGUAGAAAUGAUCAACCUCUUGGGAUUGUGCAACUUGUUGGAAUCAAUGGCACCCAUUCGGAUGCACAAACAACGCGCAAUUUUUCAAAAUGAUGAUCCAAUUCCCGUCCAGGGACUGUACGAACCUGGUAUAUUCAGCACAUUUUUUGGUGGGAAUAAGGUUCCAGGCAAAUUCAGCCAUAAAAGCACAGGGUCCUCAAUAUCUUUUACUGUGCCAUUACUUGAUAAUCACAGAACUCGAGGCUUGAUUGUCUUUGUUGUCUAUAUGAAUGCUGGCUAUGAUUCUCCUCCUAUUAUCCACCACAAUUAUUUGUCACAAAUAAUAGUAAAAAAUAAGAGCAACGGUCUGAGGGGGCGGUAUUGCCCAUCACGCUACGGUAUUCCAGGUGAAGGAGAAGACAUGAUAUGGUUAAGCCACUGGAAUUUGGAGGAUGAUCAGUUACAAGGUGGGGAUGAAGUGGUUGUUUCUGUAAUUAUGAAAUCUGGGCUUCUGGUGAAGGAGUUGGGCAUCCAACUUGUGCAGGUGCAAGAAGAAGAGAAUCAUAAUAUGAUGAGUAUUUCCACAGAUUCUUCUUAUCAUCAUCAAACAUGGUAUAAUAAGCGCCUUGGGGACUCUGAUGAAGAAGAUAAGAGAGAGGAGGUUUUCUCUCGUUUUGUAUGUUUACCAGACGAAGAAGAAGAGCAACAAGAUGAUAUCACAGUUGCAACCACCACAGGCAGCAAUAACUCAGGCGGCCUCCGUGGCUGGAAGGUGCUCGUCACCGCAGCUUGCUUCUUUCUCACCCUUACUCUCAUCACUCGGUCUUCUCCCUCACUCAGAAAGAAGCAACCGUCCACAAACCCUGGAUGA